AUGCUCAAUGGAUUGGAAAAUAAAGAGCACAUUGUCUAUUUCGACAACUUCUUCAAUAGUACCGAACUUCUGGAAGACCUGAAGAAAAAACUAAUUCAUGCCUGUGGUACCGUAAAUCCAUCGAGAAAAACUUUGCCGGUGUUUAAACCGGAUCGAAAAUUGAAGAGGGGGGAAUUUGAAGUUUUUAGCAAUCCAUCAAGAAUUGUAGCUUUUAAAUGGAGAGAUAAGCGUAGUGUCUAUUUACUGUCAAAUUUUCAUUCUCCUUUUGGAACCACUGAGGUCAAUAGGAAAGAAAAGAAUGGUACUACAACCAAAGUUCGUUGUCCGCAAGCGCUGUCAGAUUAUAACGCCAACAUGAAUUUUGUUGAUAAAUUUGAUCAAAAUCUGAAUUUGUACAAAAUAAACAGGAAAUCAAAAAAAUGGUGGCACAGGAUAUUCUUCUACUUUCUCGAUGCAGCAGUAGUAAACGCUUUCGUUUUAUAUAAAGAACUUCAUUCGCCAAAAAUAUCCAUGAAAGAGUUUAGAAGAAGCGUAUCACAAGGACUAGUUGCAGACCUGGUUAUAAAAAACAAAAGGAAAGCUUAUAGCUGUGGGAAACAGUUGCUAAAAAACAGUUUAAGCCAUUCAUUCCCCUAG